CCUCCCAUCGCGGAUGCACCGCCUCCAGAGACCGGGCCUGUGCGAUAUCUCCGGAGGACACCGGACGCAGUGGACGGGCUGGCCCAGGGCCGCAGCCAAACCUGGCCUCGGGACCGGACGGAGGAGCUCGGCUCAGCGGCACCGGAGUUUCGCGGGCGCCGGGGGAUGUCCGGCCACCGGAGCGGCGGGGGCGAGAAGCCCUUCCUGUGCUCGCUGUGUGACUGCGCCUUCAGCCGGGCUUCCAACCUCAACAUCCACGUGCGCAGCCACACGGGCGAGCAGCCGUACAAGUGCGCCGACUGCGGCAAGGGCUUCAACUACCCUUCGGAGCUGGAGACCCACCGGCGCAGCCACACCGGCGAGCGGCUCUUCGCCUGCCCCGUGUGCGGGAAGAGGUUCACCCGCUCCUCCCACCUGCUGACCCACCGGCCGGUCCACACCGGCGAGCGGCCCUUCACCUGCUCCGUCUGCGGCAAGGGCUUCACCCAGUCCUCCCACCUGCUGACCCACCGGCACAUCCACACCGGCGAGCGGCCCUUCACCUGCUCGGUGUGCGGCAAGGGCUUCACCCAGAUGUCCAACCAGCUGCGGCACCAGCGUGUCCACGCCGGCGAGCGGCCCUUCCUCUGCGCCCUGUGCGGCCGGAGCUUCACCCAGUCCUCCACCCUGCUCCGGCACCAGCGCACCCACACCGGCGAGCGGCCCUUCACCUGCUCGGUGUGCGGCAAGGGCUUCACCCGCUCCUCCCACCUGCUGACCCACCGGCGGGUCCACGCCGGCGAGCGGCCGGACCGGCCUCUGGCCUCCCCCUCCCCCUCCCCCUCCCCCUCCCCCCCACCCGCCGGCCGGGACCCCGGUGCCGGGGCCCACUGGGAGACAGGCCCGGGGAUCUGGGGGCACUGGGGCGGGGGGAGGCCGCCGGGCUCCACCGGGCCGGCCGGAGGGGACCCUGUCCUCGGGGCGCGCUGGGAGAGGGAUCGCUGGAUUUGGGAGGGCUGGGGGUGGUCCCAGGACACCGGCGCGGUAGCGGGGGGCACCGGCUGCCUGUAA